AGAGAAAGGGGUAAAGGGGGCGAGAGAGAGAAAGCGACGAAAGAGUGCGUGCGUCCUGUGCGUUCGUUUCGACCGUUUUUCCCUUUUUUUUUCCUUUCGCGCCCACCCCGUCGCACGCACACAGCGGUGCGAUCGAGCGCUAGCAGCGGAGUACCAGAAGCAGCAGCAGGAGCAGCAGCACACGCGAAAAACGGAGCGCACGCCGAGGGGCGCGACGACGAUGACACUGCGACGAUGUUACUCGGGGUGGUAGAGCGACCACGGUGGUGUCAUAGCGCGGCGGUCGUCGUUGCAUGGGACAGCAACAGCAACAGCAACAGCAGCAGCAGCAGCAGCAGCAGCAGCAGUAGUAGUGCGGACGUCGGCGUCGUCGUCGUCGGGUGUGCACGCGAUCGCACGGGCGAGGAGGAGAUGGUGCCCUCCCCGGAUUGCAUGAUUGAGGUGGGAAGUGACUACUCGUCGUCGUCGUCGUCGCCGUCGCCGUCGUUGUCGUCGUUAUCGUCAUCGUCGUCGCCAGUUCGCGCUAACGCUAUCAUCGCUUGUGAUGCGUUCGAAGUCGUCGCCGCCGUCGCCACAGUAGUUGCCGCCAUCGUCAUCCUAGAGUUCUCCGCGUACAUCGACGUCGACGUCGACGUAGCUGCCAACCCCGCCGCUGGCUUCGUCGUCGCCGUCGCCUUCGUCGUGGCUGCCCUCACCAGUCCUGUCACUGCCGCUACUGCCGUUCCCGACGCGAGCAUGUUCGUCGUCCGCGCUGCCAACGAGGCUUCCACCACGACGGUCUAACCCCGUGAGGGUUCCUAGCACUCGCUGCCUUGUACCGAGUCCCUUGUACAAGCCCAAUCGAUCGGAGGAAGGGUGGCCCCUCUGAAGACGUGAUACGUUGGUGCUCCAAGGUGGAAAUUGGGAUUUCCAUCGUGGCCAUCGUUUCACAUCCGCGUCCGCGUAUCCACACCCCGUUUUACCCCUCCCUGUAUUGUUUCGCUCACCCUCUCCGCCGUCGCGUCGCGAAGCGAUCUCUCGAUAGCUGAUAGAUCGGAUCCACGGAGUUCUUUCUUCGUUGAGAGCGAGGCGUGGAGCAGGUGCGAGACGAAACGUCGUGUCGUGAUAUAUCAUCGCUGGGCACAAUGGCUUGCGAAUUCUUUAAGCUUGAACGAUGGCCGAUUCACGCGGCUUCAAGCCAAUAAACCAGUUGUGGCAGAGCGCGACGGAUCAGGAUUCGGAGUGUCUCUACGAGGAGAUCCCAGGCCGGUCCCAGGAUACGGACCGGCCGGUCGGUGUCGCCAUUGGGCAGCAGGGGGUGGAAGAGCAGCUGGAGGAGGAGGAGGAGGAGGAGAACGUUGGCGGGAGCAGGAGAAGCCUCGAUUUCGGGGUUCAGGUUGGAGAUAGCGACUUCUGGGGCAGGGAAGAGACUAUCGCGAGGAGUGGUACCAUCCCCCGUAGCAGGACCGACGGCGGCGCGAGAUCGCGCAGCGGAUCGGCCGAUCGGCGGACGUCGGAUCGGGCACGCCAGCGGGACGUCGUCGUCGUCAGGGUGGAGGAGGAGCGCUAUGCCGCGCGCAGGAGUCACGUGGAGUCCGGUACAGGCGCCGUACUGCCGCCUCCUGCGGCUACCGGCCACAAGCUGACCAGGGGGCGAACGAGCGCUAGCAACACCGUCGCCCGGUACUUGCAUUCGGCCAACACGAACGCCUCGACGGCGCACUACCAUCAUCAUCAUCACGGGCAGCACGGGCAACACGGGCAGCACGGGCAGCACGGGCAGCACGGCCAGUAUCCCUCCGGCGGCAGGUCGACCGGCAGGCAGCACCGCCAUCAUCAUAGCCGCGGCUCGUACAGUAAUGAGACGCAGGAAGAGGUACAGGAGGACGAUGAAGCCACUCUACGGGAGUUGCUUGUAAGUCUGCAGAAACAGGUCAGCGUUAUGAGUAUGAACCUGAGUGCCAAGCUGGACGAGCUGCAGCGGGGUGACCGCCAGCUGGAGACCACCGUCGCUCUCUGCGAGAUCCGCACGCAGUUGCAGGAGCUCACGAAGAGCGUAGAGUCUUGUCAGAGCGAGGUCAGCGAGGUGAAACGGGACAUGGUUACGAUUAAGCAAGAACUAGACACGGUACAGCAGGUCAAGGAAGAGAUAGAGGAAUUACGAGAGUACGUGAAUAGACUGGAAGAGCACUCCCACCGGCGGAAACUUAGGCUCUUGGAGCAGGUGACUUCCGGUGUUAGACACAACAAUGGACUGACGCUUUUCCUGUCGUACGCGAUACUAGCAGCCGUAUUGGGGAUGUUGCAGUUUGGAUACAACACGGGAGUGAUUAACGCGCCUGAAGUGAACAUAGAGAAUUUUAUGAAAGACGUGUACAAGGAUAGGUAUGGGGAGGAUAUUUCGGAUGAUUCUGUUAAGACGUUGUAUUCCGUAGCCGUGAGCAUAUUCGCGAUCGGUGGUAUGGUGGGUGGUUUCAGCGGAGGGACAAUUGCCAACAGAUUUGGCAGAAAGGGAGGCUUACUGCUAAACAACGUGCUGGGCAUCGUGGGGGCGUGCCUAAUGGGUUUCACGAAACUCGCUGAGUCGUACGAGAUGUUGUUUUUUGGACGGUUCAUCAUCGGUGUCAAUUGUGGCUUGAACACCUCGUUGGUUCCCAUGUACAUAUCGGAAAUAGCGCCAUUGAACCUGAGAGGCGGCCUAGGCACGGUGAACCAGCUCGCUGUUACGGUGGGCCUCCUGGUCUCCCAGGUGCUGGGCAUCGAGCAAAUCCUUGGAACAAACGAGGGUUGGCCCGUUCUCUUAGGACUAGCUAUCUGUCCUGCCAUUCUACAACUAGUGCUGCUUCCAGUUUGCCCGGAAUCUCCAAGAUAUUUGCUCAUUACUAAACAAUGGGAGGAAGAGGCUCGGAAAGCUUUGAGAAGGUUGAGAGCCAGUAACCAAGUCGAGGAAGACAUUGAAGAGAUGAGAGCUGAGGAACGAGCUCAACAAGCUGAGUCCACGAUAUCGAUGACAGAGCUUAUAUGCAGUCCAACUCUAAGAGCACCUCUCGUUAUUGGUGUGGUUAUGCAACUUUCGCAGCAGCUUUCGGGUAUCAACGCCGUAUUUUAUUAUUCCACGAAUCUGUUCACUAGUUCUGGUUUAACGGACGAGAGUGCCAAGUUUGCAACCAUUGGCAUAGGUGCCAUCAUGGUUUGUAUGACGCUAGUGUCUAUCCCACUCAUGGAUAGGACAGGAAGGCGUACGUUGCACUUGUACGGUCUUGGUGGCAUGUUUAUCUUUUCAAUAUUCAUCACAAUUUCGUUUCUCAUAAAGGAGUUCUUCGGAUAUGUGCAGGAAAUGAUCGACUGGAUGUCCUACAUCUCGGUGGUGUCGACCCUGUGCUUCGUCGUGUUCUUUGCCGUGGGGCCCGGAUCUAUACCCUGGAUGAUCACGGCGGAACUGUUCUCGCAAGGCCCUAGACCCGCCGCCAUGUCCAUCGCGGUCCUCGUCAAUUGGAUGGCUAAUUUUUUGGUUGGCAUCGGUUUUCCAAGCAUGAAGAGUAGCCUUGAAAACUACACGUUCCUACCGUUCAGUGCAUUUCUAGCCAUCUUCUGGAUCUUCACGUACAAGAAGGUUCCUGAGACCAAGAAUAAAACGUUCGAAGAGAUUCUAGCUUUAUUCAGGCAUGGUAACGACAGGAGCAGCUUGCGGGACAGCAGACUUUAUGGGAGCAUGCUAAACUGUGUGAAUGCAUUAGAGGGACACAUACCGCCAGCAGAGAGCGCAGCCCUGAUGGUGGCAGAGGAGAAGCCACAUCCUGAUUCAUUUGUGUUUGCAGCUGGAUCCGAGCGCUCUUCCGUCGCUCCCGCUCAGCCGGAGAGACCACCGCCCCCGCUUCCCCCGCCACGCUUUCCGAACAGCGGUGUCUGACAACGGGAAACAGCUCCUCUUAAUAUCGGUAACCUAGUGAUCAUGAACGCGCCGAUACCGCUGCCGCUGCUGCUCACCACCAGCAGCCUCAGCCUGGAGACGCAGCUCUACGAGAUCAUCACCGAGAGCAGCAAGGCGUGCGCGGCGUUCCUGCGGCACAGCCUGCGCCGCGCGACCAGCCUCGGCUGGACCGCGACCGAGGGCUUCGAGACGGCGACGAUGACCACGACGACGGCGAGUGGCGCGAUCUACUACAACGAGCAGUGAGAAGAGAACGGGGCGAGAGAAAAAGAAGGAGUCUCGCGGGAACGAGAGUCUCGGCGAUGAGAAGUGGAGCUACUCGCGAGGCGCAGCAUCCGCUGGAUCGGCAACGAGCUCUCCUCGUUGGUCGAUCGCGUCUUUCUCUCUCUCUUUCUUUCUUCCUCUGUCUUUCUCUUUCUCCUCUAUCUAUCUCUCUGCGAGCUGAAUUGCUUCAGGUUCAACGAAGAGCACGGGGUCGAUCGGGGUAACCGUUGGGAGUUGUUACCAACGAAUAUUAUAUGAGAAUAUACCUCAACAUUUAUAUAGGCUAAAUGAGGCAUCGCGCGAUAUUUUCUCCAAUAAUAUUAACCGGCAGGCGUAACUUCUUAAUCGUUUCGAGAUAGCCAUUAAACGACGCGAUUGCUCGAAUGAGAUGAUUUCGCGGGAGAUGAUCAUCAGGAUCGUCGUGAAAAAAGAACAAAAGAAAACAAAAAACAAAAGAAAAUAUUCCGGUGUUGCGCUCACUCCUCGCGUCGAGAUUACCCCCGGUCGAGCCUUCGUCUCGACGGUGCUCGGCGACGAUAAAUUAAAUUAUUCGGGAUGGAAUGUUUCGAGUCAAAAAAAUCAGUUAUACGCUGCGAGGGAGGCUGAGAUCGGCGCUCGGCGGGCGAGUCUCGAAGACGACGGACGGCAAGGAGACGCGAGACGAUCCUCUUGGCGAAAGGAUGGCGGAAGGCUCCCCUUACCGGUCUUCCUCCGGAAGAAGGUUACGGCGCGCGCGGCGCGCGUGUAACGUUAACGAGGACGAUGGGACGAGGAGCGCGCGAUCGAGAGAUAGAUUAAUCGAAAUGUUUGCGAAAGUGAUUUGUGCCUAGACGAAGCAAUGCUUGGGAAGAGGGAACGUGAUCACGAGAAUCGCCGCGUCGCGGAUCUCACCGCACUACGCGCGAGUGCACUCCGGGACCUUGUGCGACAUCGAAGGAUAUCGAAACGUGAAUCGGCGGACGCGCACGCGGGGGGAGGGCGGUCUCCCUCGCACGGAGGUGAAAGGGCGAAGGAUCGUCCUUCUCGCUCCGAAUAGCGCCCCUCCCCCGCCCCCUCCCUUCCUCCCUCCGUCGUCGCAAUCCCUUCGUCCAUGAGGAGCGAAGGAAAACGUGUAUCUAUAUAUAUCUUCACUUUUAUAUCAUUAAUUUUCUAGGACUCAUGUCGGGACUACGUGUCGUUUUGUAUCACACUGUCCUCUGUACGAUUCAUCGCACCGUGUUGUGUAAUUAUUAGACCGUGCGCUGUUACUUCCGCGCCGACGACGACGACGACGAUGAUGAUGUACUAUGCGCGCGAACUGCCAUAAAUCCGCGACUUUAAAAGAUUACGAGCUGCCCUCGAGACACUGUGAUAUUUUCAUUUCAUUUCCGGCGCUCGAUCCCCGGAAUUAAUCGAGAGCGAGUAUGCGCCGAUCGCCGGUGAGACGGAAGUGUGUUCCGGAUUCGUUCGUUUCGCGAAAGGAAUAGUCUCAAUUAAUUUACGAGCGAACGACGAGCCCCCCGGCGACUCGAACGUUUAGAAGAGAGGAGAUUCCGCUAAUAGAGAAUUUGCCGUUCAAGGGUGCUUCCCGUGAAAGUGGGCGGAAUUGAAAGGGAUCAAAACGAAUUUCCGCCGAUCCCUGUUAACCAGCCUAUCUUAUCGGGAAGUUCGCUUUGCGGGAAGGUCAGCGAUUUUUCGUUGGAAAAAUCUCCGGUACCGGAAGGACAGGAAAAGGGAUUUACCUUGCCUUUACAAGUCGCGGUGUGUAACAGCGCGUUAACGAACAAGUAUAGCGACUACUCGUUAUCGAAGAUCUCAAAUUGGGCAUCGACCAACUGCAUUAAAUUAAUGUCAAAAGGAAACGGGAAUUAGCUUUCGAUUAGCCGCAAUCUAAACGACGUUCGCGAUCACGUCGGACUCAUACGGUGCCUCUCGACCGCAGUUAUAUAAUUCUCACACGAACCAAAUCAACCAUACUUUAUCUCAUGAAACGCAGGGUACACUACAGCACACUUCACGCUUCGGCCUAGCGGACGUGUCGAUUCCUCCUGAUCGCUCGCUAAAUAUUUUCAAUGCAUUUUCGAGUCCCUCGAAUCGGCGAGUGGAAAAAUCGGUGUCGAGUGUUCGAGAGACUUCGAACGCGGAAAAAUAUUAUUUUCCAGGAAAUAAACGUGUCGAAAGUCCACUUUUGUUUUUUUGAGAUUCCGCAAGAAUUUUUAAAUAAAAAAAAAAACCUUUCGUUUCUUCUGCGGAACAAAAGCUUACAAAAUGAGAAAAGACUCCCACGAAUCCUGACAGUUUUUCUAUUUGUUUCAAUUCCUCUAACGGAACAAUUAAAUUUUUCGAACAAAACUGUCAGAAUUCGUAAAGAUUUUUCUCAUUUUGUAGACUUUGUUUCACAGAAGGAGUGAAAGAAUUUUUUUUUAUUUAAACAUUCUUGUAGAAUCUCGAAGAAAGGGAAAUGGACUUUUGACAGAUUCAUUUUUCUGGAAAAUAUAUAAUAUUUGUCCGCAUUUGGAGGCUUCAUUUAACGACGAUCGACGAUUUUUCCAUUCGUCGAUUCGAGUCAAAAUUAGUCUAGAAGUUAAUUCUAACUUGCACGUGGGAUACGUAAUCGACACCGCGAUCGCCGAUGCAAAGUUCACCGCGACAGGAAUCGACGCCUUCUCGGCCGAAUCCGGAAAAUCAAUAACAGCAGCCAGUCUGCGCAGAGGCAUGCCUUUUCUUACUCCGUCAUUGACCUUUCUUCCUCUCCUCCCGCCCACCCCUAUCGAUCUUUUUAACGGAAAGUGCAGGCGAUUCGAUAUUUCGGGAUAUACUCCGUGGGAGACGGCGAUCCCUUCCUACGUUGCUGUACAUACGUGUGUAUAUACUUGUAUACUUCUACCGUACUCGAGAGACGUCGCUGAACCACGCAGCGAGUGUAUGAUAAUCCUGUAUAACCGGAAAUAUAUAGUCCGUUUUCCCGCUAAAGUAGCAUUAUCAAGUGAGUGACAAAACGAGGACAGGCAUGUAUCUCCACCGACCCAGAGCCAUUCUAAAUUCUUAAAGAAAAAAAAGGGAACACCACGAUGGAGAUACCGACGUGGAUAUCGAACAUCGUGAUUCUUUCGAGAAGCCCCCUUCUCUCUUCUUUGCGACAGCACGAACCGACGAAAUCGGCGACGAUUGCAUCCCGCACGUGUGGCUUCUAUGAUCGUUUAACAUCGUUGCAUUCACGCCGCAUACGAGGACUUGCAGCGCGGGACGCGAACGUUCGUAGAUCCAUAGAUUACCGGGUGUAGAUCCGCGAGUAGAUCGAGAGAUGACGAUUGUCAUGUCGCUUCUCAACCACCCACGAAUGGAUCCAGUUAUUCGCAUUAAUAACCAGAUCGCGUUAGCCUUCAUCCAGAUCGGACUAUCACGCAAAACUCGAAAGAAACCGAUGGUUACUUAACUUACUUAUCUUGCACGGUUGUGAGUCAAGCGAAUCAUCGAAAUCAGGGAUUGGUUUAUAUAAAAAUCCCUUCUUUCUCUUUAUACGUUUCUUUACCCGCUCGUUUUAAUUCCUCUGACGGAACAAUUUAAUUUUUCGAGCAAAACCGUCGGGAUUCGUGGAGACUUUUUUUCCUCAUUUUCUGGGCUUUGUUUCACAGAGAAGGAAUGAAAGAAUUUCUUUUUUUUUUUUAAAUUUAAUCGCGCCUAUAAAUAACACGAAUGGAAUUAAACGGCGAAUAAAAAGCGGACUGAUCCUUGAUUUCGAUGAUUACGAUUUUAAUUCUACAGAAUAAAUCCCCGACGAUUACUUUCAGAGCAGUUCAACUUGCGGGGUAAACGCGGCUUGAAUCGAUAUACCGUUUUGACUGUCGCGACGUAAACGCAAUAUAAUAACUUAGGAUAGAGAGACUAAAACCGAAUGAGAACAAGAUCCAGACGGAGUCAUGCAUGCAAACGUACGAUAUCAUUCGAACGAAUAACCAAGGAAGUUUUUAAUUAUAGGCUGUCCAAAACAUACAGAAUCAGUGAGAAAGGCAAUAAAAGCUAUAUUGAACUGAAAAAAAAAAGAUAUGAUAAAGUAGAUCUCCUUGCAUUAUUGAGUAUUAUCAGAGAAUUCAGAAUACUAUAUUAAUUAUCGAUAAAGCUAGGCUAGAGGCGCAUAUACAUAUAGAAACUAUAUAUAGCUACUAGGCGAUAGUAGCACGGCGUAAACAAGCUAAUUAAUAUAAUUGGAAACUUCAGCGAAACAGACGACUAAACUCUCUCUUUCUCUCUCUCUCUCUCACCAUCUCUAUCUCUCUCACACAUCUUUAUGAUGGCUGUAUAAUUAUGUCGUGGACCGCGAAUAUAUAUGACGUUACAUUUCCACUUCGAAAUCAUCGCAGGCUUACUACCAAACGCGGCACCCGAAAAACGUGCGAUUAAUUCGGCCCGAACCCGACGCGAAUCUUUGCGUUACAGUCGCUGAACGAUAGACAAAUUUCGAGCGCGUUUGUAGCCGUAAAGCUAUCCGACUCGUCUGCGCUGCGCGACAACCUGCGAGACACAGCCCCCCCCACCCCCCUUUCGAUCACCACACCUCAUCGAGAAAAGGCAUGCUGCGAUAUGUGUUCACGAAAGAUAGAUCACAUUGGCACAAAAAAAAAGAAAAUGAAAAGAAAAAAAACGAUAUAUCAUUUACACGCGCGGCAAUUUUUACCCUCGAGAUGCAGUAUGCCGUAUAAUAUAUAUAAAUAAAGUCAACGCGAGAUCUGUAAGCGAGUUACGAAGGGCGCUUUCCGUCUGCGUGGCGUACGGUAGAAUCGCGUUACUCUCGUCUCCCGAGAGAACGUCGGCGGAGAGGCCCUCCUUGGCCCUUACGCGAAGAGAAUUCACUUAUCUGUAAUUGACCCACGUAUAAUACUAUAAAAAUAACAAAUAAUUCGUUUCUAAAAGAAUUGUAAUAACGUAUACAUAUAUACAUAUAUGCAUAUACUAUAAAGAAGACUACUUUUUAAACGCGAAGCCCUAAUAAUGUAUUUCGCACUCAUCACGACUUUGAUAAAAAAAAAAAGAUAAGCAAUGACCGCAUCAAUGGUUUCGAGUCAAUGAUACAAUUAUUAAAACUCAUCGAGUAUUACAACAUUAUAGCCUUCGAGGAAAGCAACAAAAAAAAAAUAUAUGAG